CGCUCCUCCCCGAAGGUGCGCGCGCGCGGCCGGCCCCCUUUGAAACCGCUGGAAGAAGUUGUGCUGUAGUUCCUACCAGCCGUUACAUUAAAGCGGAAAGGGGACCAAAGAGCGCAGGGAGGCACGAGAAAGGCAAGAAACGCCAGCGGGGAGACGUAUGGAUUAAUUCAAGCCCCGCCAUUUUUUUACAAGACUUUUAGCAGACAAGCGACGACGGUAACCUGGUGUGUGGCAGCAAGGAGACACAUAAAACAUCCAGGACAGGAGUACUUGUGGACCAGGGUUGGGAAACACUGCCUUAAAGGAGCUAUAAGUUCAGCCCAUCUCAUCUCCUCCUCCCCAGCCUUACAGCCUCUGUUCUCCGUUGGCUCUUAUUCCCAGAGGGCAGACCUAAGCAUGGGGUGAGACAGCUGAGACUAAAUGCCAAGACAACGCAAGCUUUAGAGGCCCACUCACCUGCACAGGCGGUGUCCGGCGGAGGCCCGUCAUGGCGCUGCUGCGCUGGAACCUGAAGCUAAUGGUGACGCUGAUGAUGGUCAACCUCUUCAUCUUCUUCCUCCUCUGCCUUAACAGCAGCACAGACAAAAAUGGACGGCAGAAAAUCUACACCUGCGAUGGACCUUUUUGGACCAAGCUGACCCCCAGUUCCUCCUACUGGAACCUGCAGCAACAGAUCCUGGACUUUCACAACAAUCCCAUCUUCACGGCCAACUUCAGCGGCUCGGAGUUGCCCGACUGGUUAAAUGAGACCAGUUUACCCUCUGACCCCUGCCAGCCCAACCAUAGGGUGGCUACGCAGGUUAAAGACUACAACGCUUUACCGCUUCGCUUCAAGGACUUCCUGCUCUACAUGCGCUGCCGCUCCUAUCCCGUUCUCAUAGACCAGCCGCACAUCUGCAAGAAGCCCCCGUUCCUGCUCCUCGCCGUCAAAUCCCUGGCGCCGCAUUUCGACCGGCGCCAGGCCAUCCGUGAGUCCUGGGGAGCGGCCGGCGUCGUAGCCAACAUGACGGUGGUCACCGUCUUCCUCCUUGGAAACGCGAACUCCGUGGACCACCAUCCCAACCUGUCUGAGAUGGUGGAGUACGAGAGCGAGCGGCACAAAGACGUCAUCCUGUGGGACUUUAGGGACUCCUUCUUCAACCUGACUGUGAAGGAGCUGCUCUUCUUGGAAUGGAUCCAGACCCGCUGUUCUGGCGCCCGCUACAUCUUCAAGGGGGACGACGACGUCUUUGUCAACACGUACCGCAUCCUGGACUUCCUCAAGGGCCUGUCGGGCCCCAAAGCCAGGGACCUGUUCGUGGGCGACGUGAUCACCAACGCAGGGCCGCACAGAGACAAGAAGGUGAAGUAUUUCAUCCCAGAGAGCAUGUACACUGGUACGUACCCUCCGUACGCCGGGGGCGGGGGCUACCUUUACUCUGGAGACAUCGCCGCCCGCCUGCACCACGUCUCGCCACACGUGGCUCUUUAUCCCAUAGACGACGUCUACACCGGGAUGUGCCUCCGGAAGCUGGGGCUGGCCCCAGACAAGCACAAGGGCUUCCGGACCUUUAACAUCGAGGAGAAAUACCGCGCUCACCCCUGCGCCUAUAAGAGCUUGAUGCUGGUUCACCCGAGGACGCCGCAGGAGAUGAUCCAGAUCUGGUCCUGGCUCAACAAACCUGGGUUGAGCUGCUAGUCACGGGUCUGGUGGGUGUGGGCCAUUCCACAGCCAAAGUGACGCAUUUUCUCUUGGAACAGGGUUAUGACUAAACAGCAGGCAGCUUUAGGUUCAGACUACAGCGAGUCGGCCUGAACAGGAUGUCGCUCAGUCUGCUGUUCUAACAUGUUGUCUGGACUUGCUCAGGCUAAUUCUGCUGUCCCGCUCGUUGGCCGAGCUCCACCAAAGUGAAUGUCUUUAAUGGAGUACAGGUAUUUAUAUCACAACUAUUUAUAUAGGCUUUGUAAUGCUUAGAUACUGUGUCAGCUCCACCAAGGAGGCUCGCUAUGCUGUAUUUGAGGAAACGCCUGAAGCGUCCCCCCUGGGACUUCUGGGGUCUCCAAGUAUUAAUGUUCUACGAUGUUGGUGAAGACGCGUCACUUCCCGCUUCUUCAGGCUUCCCGGUGAAGACUUUGUGGAGAUUUUAGCUGGAGGCUAAAACUGUGCUGCUAUUCCCAUCAAACUCCCUCAAGUAUUCCCACGUGACACUCCAACCCGGCCUGAACCAGUUUGGCCUCCAGACGUGCGUUUCCUCAGCUUGCCUUUUAAACGGGUUUCUUGUAAGGGUAGCGUCAGAGAACUUCACAGGUGUCUGAUGUGGUCUGUGCUGCAGAGAGGUUCUGCUUUCAUUUGUUCCUGUGGCUGUAGAGUUACAAGAGAGGCUCUGGGUAGAGUGAGAUGUAAGGUGGCAUGUAUAAGGAACGAGGACCUGCUCUGAUUCAGUGCUAAAACGUCCCGCCUGAUUGUAAGCUGCUGUGAAAAUGCUGCUUUACUGCGUCGUUGGAGCCUCAUAGCCAAAUUCUUCAAAGCACAGGUGGGACAAAGAGUUUCCUCCAAGCCGCUCACCUCUCCAUCCCUCAACAAAGCCAACGCUACAACGCUGGCUGGUUUUUGUCAAUGAUUCAUUUCAAAAAGGUCCAGAUGCAGUUAGCAUGUGGUUCCCAGCCUUCAGCUGCUUGACUUCUCCUCUCGCCUUUUAGCAGCGCUGUGUUUGCCUUUAUGUGAUGCUUAUUCUAGCUGUGUGGAAAGAAGAGAAAAUCCCUUUAGGUAAUGCAGACAGAAGGAACCAUGAUAGAAAGUAGAGGAUCAUGUGUCCGCUUACUUCUGCUCACAGCUCACAUUUCUGGGCGGAAGAAAUCCAUCGGUAUUAAGUUUUGUUUCUGUUUUUUUUUACGUUUGAAUAUUUUUGGAAAGAAGAAUGUUGUUGUUGUUUUUUCCAUCUCCGUUAAAGAAGCUCCCCCUGCUGGUCAGGGUAAUGAACUCAGGCUCGUCAAUGCUGUAUAUGUACACUGAUGUCUCUCUAGUGUAGGACUCGUUCUCUUCUACCAUUCAGACUCUAACUUCACUUCUUCUUCUUCUUCUGUCCAGACAGUAACACGUAGCAGUCCCUGGUAUCCGCCUGCCUCUUGUCAUCUGCUUUGAAAUAUUAAACACUAAAACAGGCAGAAGAAUCAACAGCCACUCAGUUCAUUCUUCACAAUAUUUCAGCACCACUUUUAGAACCACCGGUUUUUUACUCUCGUUUUUCACCAAUAAUUGCGUAGAUUCACUCACUGGACAGUUAGUGGCUACUUGAAAUGUUUACUUGGUGUUCAUGUUACCUUCACAAACUUUUUAAAAAAAAUUUAAGUGACUGAAAUUCUGUUUUGUUUUUUUCCUCUGGUUUAAAAAUAAUGUUUUGCCGCCUGUCCUGGUGUGCUCUGUUACAUCAUGUCUUGGUUUAACUUGUGCUUCUUCCUAUUUCACCGUCGUUGUUUGUCUUGAAGGAACUUUGUCAUGUAAAGCUCACCAUUGGUUUCCUUUCUCCGUUUUUCGCCCUCAGCACAUGUCAGUGCUGUCUGUCCAGGGCUGUAUCGUACCACUGGGUGUGACGAGGUCAAAGAAAGCCUCAGAUUAUCCAGUUUAAUGAUGGAAAGAAAAAAUGUUUUUCAUUGUGGCGACUCUGCGUCUCCUAAACAUCUUGUUUUUACUUUUCACAGACAGAAUGCUUCACAGGGUCCAACAUGAUCACCAGAUCUCUGUGAGCUUUGCUUGUAUUGUAUGUGUAAGAGUGUGUUUCAUCUUCUUUUAAUCAGAUUAUUUAAUUUUGAAUAAAGGUAUUUUUUUGUAUGCUGAUCUGUUAUUUAAAAAUAAAUUGUGAACAUAAAAUCAA